GAAACCAAACACUGCAAAUCGGAAUUCCUGUUUUAAAACGGACAGUAUUACUGAUUCCAGUCUCCAGAUAGUCCUCGUUCGUUUCUUGCUCUCGGGAACUUUUUAUUAGCGUGGGAUGUGAAGAAACGCAAGUGCAGCUGAGCAUGAGAAAUAGGAAAUGCCUCGGAUCUGGAUCCAGUGCGCAGUGACUCGUUUUCGAUUUUCUUGUCAUUUUGAUGACUGGUGUGCUAUGCAUCCCCAUCUUUUGUGAUCGUUGCGAAGAAGGUACACCAUAAAAUGCACAGAAAUUGCGUUUUAUCCAAGGCGAAUUUCCUGUCGACUGUUGUCGAGCAUGGCCUGCACAACUGCCGCCGUUCGUCGGACGCAGCAUGCGCGAAAAUACCUUCGCAAGCGCGUGUGGUUGUUUGCGGAGGGGGCGCGUUAGGGACUUCCGUAGCUUACCAGCUGACAUCCGCAGGAUGGAAAGAUGUGAUAAUAUUGGAGCAGAAUAGUGUUCUGGGGGGUUCGACGUUGCUGUCUGCGGGUUUGAUGCGACGGCUGGCCCCCUCCUUCCUCCAAACACAAAUUCUGACCUAUACAAAUCAGAGUUUCAAAGAUCUGAAAGCGAAAGGUUACAAUCUAGGAUUGCAUCGUUCGGGAUCCAUCACAUUGGCCAAAACGUUCGACAGGUUUGACGAAAUCAAGCGACAUCAUUCUGUGGCGAAAGCGCACGGGUUCGAAAGUGAAAUCCUGACGCCCGAACAAGUGGAGAAGAAGUUUCCGUAUUUGCACACGGCCGAUUUAUUUGGAGCUUUAUGGGUGCCAAAAGACGGUUUUAUCAAUCCCGUUACUACAUACGAAGCAGUUUUGGAUGUGGCUAAAAAGCAAGGUGCAGCUGUUUUUGAAAAUUGCCAAGUCACCGGUGUACAAGCACAAAAUGGGGCUGUAAAAAGCGUUACGACCAACUUGGGUGAGAUUGACUGUGAAUAUUUCAUCAACUGCGCCGGACUAUGGAGCAGAGAGGUGGCCAAAACCGGUUUCCGGAAGAUUCGUGUUCCCGUCCAUCCUUGUGAACACCAGUACUUGAUUACACAUCCCGUUUUCCCCCAUGAGGACCAGGAAUAUCCUAUUGUUUUUGACCUGGACAAUCGGAUGUAUAUGCGAGCAUAUAACCGUGGUGUUCUGUUUGGCGGAUUUCAAAGCGAUGCCAAAGUGGCUUUCCCCAGCAAAAUACCCAAUGACUUCUCACAGAAAAUGCUACCAGAAGACUGGGAUACAUUUCAACCAUUGUUGGAGAAUAUUUUACACCGUGUUCCCAGUGUGCAUAACGCCGAACCUAUGAAGUUGGUCAACGGUCCGGAAGCGUUUACGCCAGAUGGGCGUGCGAUUUUAGGCGAAGCUCCCGAGUUGAAAAAGUAUUACGUGGCCGCUGGAUUGAAUGCCAAAGGGACGGCAGCUGCCUUAGGCUUGGGAAAAUUACUGUCCGAUAUGAUUGUACAUGGUUACCCUGAAUAUGAGACAUGGGAGCUCGAUCCCUGUCGUUUUUUGGAUAUGCAUAAUAACCGCGAUUAUGUCAAGGCACGGAUACGGGAGGCAUCGAAUUGGGUAUUUGGGAUUAAUUAUCCAUUUCGCGAUGAAACAGCGCACGCUGCGCGGAAAGUUCGUACUUCAUCGCUCUACUCGUCUUUUAAAUCUCAAGGCGCAGUUUUCGGUCAGUUUAUGGGCUACGAACGACCGUUGUUUUUUGUGACGGAACAGAUGAACACGCUGCCCGAUCCGGAGUUUUUUCCGGCUACAUUUGGGAAACCAGCAUGGCAUGCGGCGGUGGAGCACGAGUAUAACGCUUGCCGGCAUGGCAGUGGAUUAAUUGAUUUGUCGUCUUUCAGCAAAUUUGAAAUUAAGGGAGAAGGCGUAGUCGAGUAUUUGCAAUAUCUGUGCUCGAACGAUGUGGAUAUACCAGUUGGCGGAAUUGUCCAUACCGGCAUGCAGAAUGAACGAGGUGGUUAUGAGAACGACUGUACCAUUACGCGAUUGGGACCAAAUUUUUUUCUGCUGGUCGCUCCGACUACCCAGCAGACGCGGUGCAAGAAAUGGCUAAAAAGAAACUUACCUCUGAAAAGUGGCAUCUCCAUAGAUGACGUUACGAGCGCAUAUACCGGAAUCAAUGUCAUCGGUCCACUGGCGCGGGAUCUCAUGAAUAACUUUGGGGACAUGUCGCAAGCGGCCUUUCCUUUUUCACUUGUCAGGCAAACCAUGAAUAUUGGCUAUGCUAGCAAUGUGCUAGCCUGCAAUAUUACGCAUACAGGCGAAAUGGGAUGGGUACUGUAUAUCCCAAACGAAUACGCCUUAUACGUUUACGAAUGCUUGCUCAACUUUGGAAAAGAGUAUAAUCUGACGCUAACUGGCCAUUACGCCAUGCGGACGCUACGUAUUGAGAGGUUCUACGCAUUUUGGGGUCAGGAUAUUGACAGUACCACUACACCAUUCGAAUGCGGCCGGGCUUUUCGUGUUAAAUUCGAAAAAGAGCGGUUUAUUGGCCGUGACGCUUUAUUAAAGCAGCAACAGGAAGGGGUACGUCGGUCCUAUGUGCAGCUGAUUUUGGAAACCCAUGACAUUAAUAACGAUCCAUGGCCGUGGGGAGGUGAGCCGAUUUACUGCAAUGGAAAUUUCGCUGGUAAAACGACGACGACAGGAUAUGGAUAUACUCUGGGACAUCAAGUUUGCCUAGGAUUUGUGAAAAAUAUAGACCCGAAAACCAAGCAAGAGCAAAUAUUAACUCCAGAAUGGAUCCAGAGCUCACAGUUUGAGGUGGAAAUUUCUGGCAGACGUUUCCCCGCCAAGGUGAACAUUCGAUCACCACGGCUGCCUGCUGUUGUGCCAAAUGAGCAUCCGGAUGUGGUUAAGUAUCUCACAACGCAAGGUGACAUGACAGGAGUCUCAAAGAAAUUCAGCAAAGUCACAACAAACGAUGAAAUAUCCAAAAUAAAUUAAAUCAACAACACAGUGGUCUGUGUUAUCUGUGAACGUUUGGCGUGGGUUUGUUUUCCUGUGGUGAAGCCUGUGAGCAUUAAAUUGUAUAAAGAAACGUUGUUCUGAGUUGACGGAUCCUUUGUGAGUUUGUUGUUUGAUAGAGUUUUAUAAUGUUAUAUAAUGGAUGAAUGUGUGUGGUUUUACUGCCGAAAUUGAUGAUUGCACCUAGUCGUAAAUAGCGACGAUCUUGGUGGCUAUUUUCUGAUACAACUUGAAAAAGUGAUGAAUAAACG